AUGCUCGAGGAAACGAUGAAUAAGAAGAAUAAACCGUCAGUAAAGAAGGCCGCUCAAGAUUCCAAUGUAGAUAAAGGAAAGAAGAGGAGAAGAGACCGUUCUAUUGAUAAAGACGAUUUCGUAAAAAAACCAAAGAUCUUGUUUAACAUGCCUGAACCUCUGAGAGCUCUCUUGGUGCAGGAUUGGGAAAACAUCAAUAAGUCACAUAUGAAUGUUCCAUUACCACGAAAACCCCAUGUCGGGGAUAUUAUUGAGAAUUAUAGACGGUGGCGGAAGGAGAAGAACGGAAAUCAGGAUAGUCUGUAG